AAGGAAGCCAAAUGAGCAUUACGAUUUUACCAAUCUGCACUGCAAAUUCGGAUUUUGCAAUUUUUGGAUUUGACAAUCACGUCGGCAGCUGGCAGAAUGGCGUCGUCCUCCGCCUUUCUGAGUAGGAAACUCAGCUCUCUCUCGAACUUCGCCCAAGCAGGGGCAAUUCGGGCCAAUGCCGAAGCAGGUUGUUCCUCCGUGCAAAGCAGAGUGUCGAUGCGCUGCGGCAUGAGGCAUCCUGCGGCCGCAAGACUCUCUGGACUUGUCGGCAGCAAUAAUUUUAAUAAUGACUCCGUACAAACCACAGACCUUGUAAGCUCAGGAACUGCGAGAAGGUCGUUGCGUGGAGGAAGAGUAAAGGCUACUGAGGAGACUGAGGGGGUAACGGAAGCAGAAAAGGCGGGAUGGGAAAAGCGUAUGGAGGAAUCCAAGGAAGCGGGCACCGAGACUCCUGCAUUUGGCGAGUGGAAGUGGACUCUCAACUGGAACUUCAUCACACCCGACAUUGCCAUCGGCUCGUGCCCCCGCUCUGCUUCCGAUGUCGACCGCAUCGUUGAUGAAGGCGGCUUCAACGCUAUCAUUAACCUGCAGUCAGACCUCUGCUUCGACGCUUUGGAGAUUCCAAUUGACGCGAUCCGCAGCCGGGCCAUCGAGCGCGGGGUGCUGCUGCGACGCGUCCCGGUCAGAGACUUCGACCACAACGAUCAGGCGUUGAUGCUUCCGGAGGCGGUGCGUGCAUUGAACUUGCUGGUGGAACGCGGCAAGAAGGUGUACGUGCACUGCACCGCGGGCAUCAACCGGGCCUCGCUUACUGUCGUGGGCUACCUUACUUUCGUUCAGGGCAUGUCUCUGGAGGAGGCAACAAUGGUGGUGAAGAACUGUCGGCCUGUUGCGCACCCCUACAUCGACUGCUGGCAGGUGGUGCGCCACCGCCUGCUGGAGGGGCGCGAGGAGCAGCUGACGGGCAUGUCGCGGCAGAUCUACGACGACCGGUGUGUGGUUGGCGCGCACGGCAACAUGAAGUCCGACUGGACCAACGCGCAGAUCCGGCUCAUUGCCGACACUUUCCGGCGGUAUCUCGAAGUUGACACGCUUGCGUACGAGUUGGAGCGCGACAUCAUGGCGCGCUCGUUGGCCGAUCAGGAGCCUGCCACGGCAGCAGAGGAAGCCAGCACCAGCGGCGAGAUUGGCGCCGAGAAGAAUGGCGCCGAGAACGGCGCCGCUCACGCAGACGCUUGGGACGAGGAGGAAGCACCGGAAGAUGCGGACGCGCUCGAGUGCAACGUCAUCACCCGGGAGUGUGUCAAGGCUGACGCGUCCGAGGUUGACGAGUGGGAGAGCAGCCUUUCUCGCGGAGAGGACCAGCCGGUCGAAUCAGCGGGCGCAGUUAAAUGACUCUCUAUCUCGAGUAACGUAUUUCUGAAAGUCGAUGUCUAUAUACAUACUUACAUAUUUGGGCUUCUCUUGCAACGCGUCUGAAGGAGUUGGACAUUAUUCAAGUUUUCACACAUGACUAUAUCAUAGCCUAAUAGGCAAUCGUGGCGAGUUGGGAUUCGGCUUGGGUCGUCAGUGGUCACUGAUCGCAAAUAAAGGCUUGCAAUCAGUGUAGCCCGAAUGAGUUGCCGCGACUUUUAGUUAUUUUGAUCUUUGAUGAACGGGUGUGCAGUAAAAUGCCGCCUGACACUGCCGCACUGUGCCAAUUAUCAACUGCCGCACUGUGCCAAUUAUCAGAUGAAAUUUUUGUGCAUGGCAUACAAGCC